AUGUUUCUGCAUUCUCGUACCAUUAAAAAUGCUUCAUUCAGUUUGCGCUUUAAGGCGACCCAGCUUUCUCAUGGUAUCUCAUUUGGACUACGAUAUAGGUCGGAACUUUGUAACAAGCAAAAGCUUGAGCAACUUGAAUCAUUGCUUAUGACACCACGUAAAGAAAAGAUGGUUAGGCAAUCCUUUAAUCUUGAACAAGUUUUAAAAACUGCGCAAAGAUUAGCAUUAGUAGAAAAGAGAGAUGACAUUGUAACAGACUUACUUUUAGCGUUUUCAGAGGGAACAAUAAGUAUAGGGAUUCCCAGCUGUAAACUUGAAGUUAAAAUGGGUGGUUAUUUAAUUUUCAAGGAUGAAAUAGCAUUGAAACCUUCAAAGCUUUUUGAAGAUCUUGAAAAUGCAAGAAGAACGAUAGUUAACACAUACUUAUUGGAAGCAGUUGACCAUAAGUAUGAUCCAAAAACUUACGACACCAAAAAAGAUAAAUUAGCAAUAUACCCAGAGUAUUAUGUCAAACCCCAAAAUAUUGAAAGAGAUUUGACUUUAAAGGAUUCAGUUGACUAUAUUUCUGCCGAAAGAGCAGAACCUAAUAAUCUGUUACUUCAAGCCAGGCAUAGUAUACCAAGCCAUUGUGUGUUCUGUGUCAUUGAAGCAAAGAAAGAUGAAUCAUUUUCUCAAGGUACUGGCGAACUUCUUGGAGAAAUGAAGGCGUUACAUAAAAGAGAAAAGAAACCUAUUAAUGGUGUGCUUACGGAUGGGUUAAGAUGGAUAUUCUACCAUUUAGAUGAUGACAUGUAUUAUGAAAGUGAAAUUAUCUAUCACAAAUACCAUUCUAAUAUUAUAUUGGGUGUAUUACACUAUUGGGUCUGA